AUGGCGACCGAGUUGGCACAUGCAGAGCUUGAGUUGGAAGAGGUGAAGGAAGCCUUGCGGGAAGGGAAGUCAUAUCUCGGUUUGACCGGGUCUUUACUAAAGGAGUAUGCGGUGGAAGCAGCAAAGAAAGAGAACCUGCUCCGCAAAAGCCUCGGUGUGAAGCGAGAAAGUUCGAUGAGCUCCGAGUCUGAGGAGCUCAAAGAACUUCACUCAACUCAGUUCACUCGUCCACGUAGCAACUCGGUGAACUCCGCCACACAGACUGACGUCACCGUGGGGGCCAAAGCGACCGAUUCAAAUCUGGAGACGGCAGUACCUACGAUGCCAGAGCUGCCACGCGAGGCGACGCCAGCGAUGCACAUCGGCGCUCCUGCAAUGCCUGUGACGUCGCGACCAUCGCGACCACGAUCCUUCUCGAAGUUAUCAUCGGGCACAGCUCAAGGAGUUGUUGACACUGGAGACCUUGCUAUGGUGCUUGAGCUCAUGCGGUCGAAGCCCAGCGAUGAACGACUUCAAAGGGCCUGUUUGCUGGCGAUCGGACGCCUUUCAAAGGAUGCCUCUGCCUUGCGACCCUUAUGCUUGGGUGUCAUCUCGGCUGUUGCCCAAUCAGCUGCUCAAGCGCGAGAGAAUCUCAUCUUGCAGAGAUUGGCAGUGACCGCUUUGUCCAGUGUGGUCUAUCUCCAUGAUGUAGCAGCACUGGUUGCACCUUUAGCCCUUCCGGUGGUCAUCGAGGCUGCGCUAGCGUUUCCAGAGGAUGUCAAGCUUCAAACAAGUGCCUGCGAGGCCUUUGCGCGCUUGGCACAAGGCGGUAGCAAUCGAGUAGUCAGCUCAAUGGUGAAGUACCUUGCAGUGCCUGGUGUAGUCUUUCAGGUGCUUUGUGAUGCUCUCCAAAGGCUUUGUGAGAAUUCCAUAUGUCAGCCCCAGCAUGUCCUGGACGAAUUGAUCAAGCUAAGCGAUAGUGAUCCCAGCAAUCUCGAGUUGCAGCGGCGGGUGUCCUUAUCCCUGAAGAGGCUAUCCUUUAGCAUUAUCAGUGUAGCAGCCAUACGGCAACGUACUUCUUUGACCGCUCAGUGGGCUCAUUUGCUGGAGCGAUUCCUGCGGGCUGAAGAAGAUGAAGCCAAGUUGGAUGGUGACUUUCACAACAAGGUGCAACACCUUUUUCACGAAGAAAUGGCCCUGCACUUUGAGUUUGAGGCUGCUGAGCGAUGUCUUCACUACUUGAAGACAGCCACUGUCACGAGGCCUGGUGGACGGAUUUUCAGAGAGGUUCUGCGCAGCCUUGCAGAGAACUUGGAGGACUAUCGAUCUCGUUCAGAGGCCCGUGAACUGGCGUGGGAUGUGGAGCGUCAGUGCUUGGCCCCAUUGGAUCCCUUGCUCCGCUUACGCCUCCACAACGAGGUCCUCACCAAGAUGGAGCAGCGUUUGCCUGCUGCGCUGCGCACAGCUGCAGAUGCCGUGUUGCAUUGGCCCUCCGAGGAUGCAGUGACCCCGCCAGUUCGAUGUUAG